UCAUCGUCAGUGCUGCUAGCGGAAUAUUUAGUACGGAUAUGAAAUCGUGUGUCUCUUUUAAUCCUUCUUCAAAACGACAAUCUGACAAAAGUUUCUGUCGCUAUUGGGGCUUGUCCGGACGGGACAGGGAAGUCAGGUUCGGUCCGGGGAGCCGUGUAGAGGCUCGGUAAUAUGGGCCUGUUGGCUAGAGUACGGAAAGAAUGGUUUAUUAUCGGUAUAGUGGCAGCAAUCGUCUCUGCGAAACUACAGCCUGCAGUUGGACUGAAAGGAGGUCCACUGAGACCAGAGUUCACAAUCACCUAUGUUGCGGUGUCAGCCAUUUUCUUCAACAGCGGCCUGUCAUUAAAAACAGAGGAGUUGACCAGUGCCCUCCUCCAUGUGAAGCUGCAUAUGUUUGUCCAGUCCUUCACCCUGGUCUUCUUCCCUGUUGCCAUGUGGCUCUGUAUCAAACUACUGGCUCUUACCUCAAUCAACACUUGGCUACUCCGAGGGUUACAGACGGUGGGAUGUAUGCCUCCUCCAGUCUCCUCUGCUGUCAUACUCACCAAAGCUGUGGGGGGGAACGAGGCUGCCGCCAUCUUUAACUCCGCCUUCGGAAGCUUCCUGGGAAUAAUAGUGACACCACUGCUACUGUUACUGUUUCUGGGCUCGUCAUCCUCUGUCCCUUUCUCCUCCAUCUUCUCUCAGCUCUUCAUGACUGUGGUCGUUCCGCUCAUCCUAGGACAGGUGUCCCGGCGGUUCCUGAGGGACUGGCUAGAGAGGAGGAAACCUCCGUUUGGAGCCAUCAGUUCUUUGGUUCUCCUGAUGAUCAUUUACACCACCUUCUGUGAGACCUUCUCUAACCCGGAUAUUGAACUGGACCACCUCAGCCUGCUGCUCAUCACCUUCAUCAUAUUCUGCAUCCAGCUGAGCUUCAUGCUGUUGACGUUUGUCUUCUCCACACAGAAACGGUCUGGUUUUACUCCAGCUGACACAGUAGCUAUCAUGUUCUGUGCUACACACAAAUCUCUCACCCUGGGUAUACCCAUGUUAAAGAUCGUUUUUGAGGGGUAUGAGCAUCUCUCUCUGAUCUCCGUCCCUCUCCUCAUCUAUCACCCUGCUCAGAUCCUACUGGGUUCAAUACUGGUACCCACCAUCAAGAGCUGGAUGAACAGCAGACAAAAGCCUAGUAUUUUAUUGCAUUGAUACCUACCUGUCUGGUCUGUGGAGUGAAGUUGACCGACCUACAGCCCAUCUGAAGUGGUACACUCCCCAGUGUGUACACUCAUUCACUCCCCCUCAUGGGGAGUGUCCUUUAAACUGUGACAGAAGGGACUACUUCCUUCCUCUUUAUGUAUCCCUCUGGUGGAAGGAUACAUACAGAAACACAAGUGCCUCGUCACAACCACGUGACUCGCGAACACGUAGUCCUGGGCUUAACGGUUGUGAUGGUUACUAUGACAAAACUUGUAUGAUUUUAUUUGAUGGUUUACUUUUAUACGAACAUAGAAGUCUCUAUUUUUGUAUCCCCCAUGAAGACGGUGUCCACUUCCUGUGAGACAAGAAGUACUACUGAUCGUCAUCAGGAAGUGAAUUCUGAGACGACACCGUCUGCCAUGGACCGGCUGGGACAUUGUCCUCUUUCUAACUAUCUUUCUGGGGAUGUUACAUUCUCUUUGUUAUUAACAUCUUUGAUGUUACAAGACUCUUUUCUGACAAUCAGUUUUUUAUGGUUUUGAACAAUGACUAGUUUACUGAUAGUUUCUAAUGCUUGUUUAGACUUUUGCGGGGCGGGGGGGUUUGUUAUAUAUAUUUUUUAAACGUUAUUACCAUAUUUGAAGGACAGACACCUGGUGAUGUCUCCCUGUCUGUAUUCUAGGGGAGGAAAAUGUGAAGUGUCUGAAUUGCCAUCCUAUUUACUGUUAAAGUGCACUACAUUUGACCAAGGCCCGGCCAUCGGUAGCACACUACAUAGAGAAUAGGGUGCACUACUGUUGACCAAGGCCUGGCCAUCGGUAGCACACUACAUAGAGAAUAGGGUGCACUACUGUUGACCAAGGCCCGGCCAUCGGUAGCACACUACAUAGAGAAUAGGGUGCCAUUUCAGACACUGAAUAAACUCUGGUGGGGGGGGGGUAGUAGUAAUCUACACGUCUCUGAUCAUGAACCAAUAGUACAAUAGCAUUCAGCAGAUUGACUAUAGAUUGACUAUAUGACUAUAGAUUGACUAUAUGACUGUAGAUUGACUAUAUGACUAUAGAUUGACUAUAGAUUGACGAUAUGACUAUAGAUUAUUCUACAGGUCAGAGAGUUGUUUCUGUUCUACUUUCUAUAUUUCUUUCUGAACAGUUAAACAUGUUAUACUAUGUCAGAAGUGUUUCCCAAAUAGCACCCUAAUCCCUAUAUAUAUUUAUACAGUGCCUUGCGAAAGUAUUCGGCCCCCUUGAACUUUGCGACCUUUUGCCACAUUUCAGGCUUCAAACAUAAAGAUAUAAAACUGUAUUUUUUUUUGUGAAGAAUCAACAACAAGUGGGACACAAUCAUGAAGUGGAACGACAUUUAUUGGAUAUUUCAAACUUUUUUAACAAAUCAAAAACUGAAAAAUUGGGCGUGCAAAAUUAUUCAGCCCCUUUACUUUCAGUGCAGCAAACUCUCUCCAGAAGUUCAGUGAGGAUCUCUGAAUGAUCCAAUGUUGACCUAAAUGACUAAUGAUGAUAAAUACAAUCCACCUGUGUGUAAUCAAGUCUCCGUAUAAAUGCACCUGCACUGUGAUAGUCUCAGAGGUCCGUUAAAAGCGCCGAGAGCAUCAUGAAGAACAAGGAACACACCAGGCAGGUCCGAGAUACUGUUGUGAAGAAGUUUAAAGCCGGAUUUAGAUCCAAAACGAUUUCCCAAGCUUUAAACAUCCCAAGGAGCACUGUGCAAGCGAUAAUAUUGAAAUGGAAGGAGUAUCAGGACACUGCAAAUCUACCAAGACCUGGCCGUCCCUCUAAACUUUCAGCUCAUACAAGGAGAAGACUGAUCAGAGAUGCAGCCAAGAGGCCCAUGAUCACUGGAUGAACUGCAGAGAUCUACAGCUGAGGUGGGACACUCUGUCCAUAGGACAACAAUCAGUCGUAUAUUGCACAAAUCUGGCCUUUAUGGAAGAGUGGCAAGAAGAAAGCCAUUUCUUAAAGAUAUCCAUAGAAAGUGUCGUUUUUAAAGUUUGCCACAAGCCACCUGGGAGACACACCAAACAUGUGGAAGAAGGUGCUCUGGUCAGAUGAAACCAAAAUUGAACUUUUUGGCAACAAUGCAAAACGUUAUGUUUGGCGUAAAAGCAACACAGCUCAUCACCCUGAACACACCAUCCCCACUGUCAAACAUGGUGGUGGCAGCAUCAUGGUUUGGGCCUGCUUUUCUUCAGCAGGGACAGGAAAGAUGGUUAAAAUUGAUGGGAAGAUGGAUGGAGCCAAAUACAGGACCAUUCUGGAAGAAAACCUGAUGGAGUCUGCAAAAGACCUGAGACUGGGACUGAGAUUUGUCUUCCAACAAGACAAUGAUCCAAAACAUAAAGCAAAAUCUACAAUGGAAUGGUUCAAAAAUAAACAUAUCCAGGUGUUAGAAUGGCCAAGUCAAAGUCCAGACCUGAAUCCAAUCGAGAAUCUGUGGAAAGAACUGAAAACUGCUGUUCAAAUGCUCUCCAUCCAACCUCACUGAGCUCGAGCUGUUUUGCAAGGAGGAAUGGGAAAAAAUUCAGUCUCUGUGC